GUGAAUGCACGAAAAGGACUCUGGGAAAGGCUGCGGAAAUGCGAGCCGAUAUCUCUGCCGCUGACCUGGAGAACUACCUUAUAGACAAGGCUCCACGUGCUGCCUAUUACAUCCCUGAUUACAUCACUGCGGCAGAGGAGGAGUACUUGCUGCGUCAGGUCUACAAUGCGCCAAAACCAAAAUGGACUCGGCUGUCCGGGAGGAAGUUGCAGAACUGGGGAGGUCUCCCGCAUCCUCGGGGCAUGGUGCCGGAGAAGCUUCCCACCUGGCUCCAGACAUAUGCUGAGAAGAUUUCCUCCCUGGAAGUGUUUGGAGGGAGCGGUGCAAACCACGUGCUGGUGAAUGAAUACAAUCCCGGAGAGGGGAUAAUGCCACACGAGGACGGGCCCCUGUACUACCCGACUGUCACCACCAUCAGCCUGGGGUCACACACUCUUCUAGAUUUCUAUCUUCCUAUCAACAGGCAAAGUUCUGAGGAGGAAGAGCAGGUCCCUUUGACAGAAGAGCAGCGACAUGUUCUCUCCCUCUUGCUGGAGCCGCGAAGUCUUUUAAUUUUACGCGAGCACCUUUAUAAAAAUUACCUCCAUGGGAUUCGCCCGCUGACUGAGGACACACUAAACCACAAAGUGUCCAAUCUGGACCAGUGCACGGUACGAGCGGAGGAGACACUGACCAGGAGGACACGAGUCUCACUGACCAUCAGAUUUGUCCCCAAAGUGCUGAAAACAGCACUUUUUCUAGGGAAGAGAAAGUAAGAGAGAAGUUCGCCCGAUCCAGCACCUUCACCGAGCUAUUGUGUUUGCCACUCGGGAGUCCGGGAAAGCUGGGUGACAGCCCCUUUGGGAGCUUGAAUGACAUUUGUUUUUUCAGGCUUUCCUAGAAACGGAUGUAACAAAAAAAAAAUUACGGAUAGAAUUUUUAAUGAAGAUGAAUCAAGGGCGUGUCUUUUAUGGACCGUGUCUGUGUUAAGGCCCAUUCAUACGAGCCUUCGCUCUGAUGAGCAUGCACAAAAAUCAGGAAAGUGCAAAUACAGGAAGCAGCGGAACGACGAGUGCUAAAAAAAUAAUCAUUGAUCGUGUGAAUAGUCAUUUAUACUACCAUAAAAAAAUUGUCAUUAUUACAUUGGGAUCUGGAGAUCCUGGGGCAAGGAUUUUGUAGAAUUCUUUAUAUAUUUCUCACAGUUUUCAGCCGAAAUAGAAUCUGUGUAGAAAGCUCAGUGGUCAGCACGGGGGUCUUGCUGCGCUGGGGUCCUGGGUUCGAAUCUGACCAAGGACAACAUCUGCAUGGAGUUUGUAUGUUCUCCCAGUGUUUGCGUGGGUUUCCUCCGGGUUCUCCGGUUUCCUCCCACACUCCAAAG